GGAGAGGCGGGGCUAAGAUAACCGAGAGCAGGAGCUCUGAAGGUGUGGUCCAGGUUGUUUUACAGCAACUGUAGUUUCACUGGAGACUUUACACAAGAGAGGACACUGACUGCAACAGGUUGUUUUUAUCAGCACCCAGUGGACCAAGCAGUCAUGUCCUCCGGACCCAAUGGGAGUCCUCCUCCAUAUGAAGAGGACAGUCAAACUAAUGUACCACCUCAGCCAGCCUAUUCUUACUACCCUGAUGAUGAGUUCCAGCACUUCUAUCGCUGGGCGUCACCUCCAGGAAUCCUUAAAAUCAUGGCCAUCAUUGGCAUUGUGCUGUGUGUGGCCAUCUUUGCCUGCGUUGCCUCAACACUGGCAUACGACAGUCAGGGAGCCAUGGCUGGCUUUGGAGGAUCUUAUGGAGGAUCUUAUGGAGGAUCUUACGGAGGUUCCAGCUUCGGAGGCGGCGGGUAUGGGGCUGGAAACAAUUAUGGAUAUGGUUCACUUGGUGGAAACUACAACGACCCACGUUCAGGAAAAGGGUUUAUGAUUGCAAUGGCAGGCAUGGUCUUCAUCUUUUGCCUGAUUGUCUUCAUCAUCAUCGUGUCUCAUCAGAGCCUGUCGCAGAGCAGGAGGUUCUACCUGGCGGUGUUGAUCGUCUGUCCCAUCCUGGGAAUGCUGAUGCUUAUUGCCACCAUAGUGUACUUGAUGGCAGUAAACCCAUCAGCCCAGUCCACAGGGUCUAUUUACGGCAACCAGAUUAUGGCUUUGUGUGCUCCAUACCAACAACCCCAAUCUUUAGGAGUGUUUAUGAACCAGUACCUUUACCACUACUGCGUGGUGGAGCCACAAGAGGCCAUCGCUGUGGUGUUUGGCUUCCUGGUGACUGCAGCUUUGUUUAUCAUGCUUGUCUUCGCCCUCAAGACUCGAAGAAAGAUCCAAUACCAUGGCAAAGACAACAUCUUGUGGAAAAAAGUAAAAAUUGUGGAUGACCUUGCACCUCCUGAGGAUGUAGAGGCUUGGGUGAACAAUGUGUCUACUUCCCCUGAAGACGUUCCGAUUGCAGACUACCCCGAGAAGCUGAGAGGCUCUAGGAGUUACCUGGAUGACGAGAGCGACUACAACAAACCCCCCUUAAGCUACACCCCACAAUCUGUUGUUGAGAAUCUGCCCUUGCAGAAUGGGGCUCCUUACAGCAGUAGCUCAGAGGCGGCAAGCUCAUCAGGCCAGCCCAAGAAGAAGCGGGCAGGACGACCUCGCCGUUCUGAUGGACGGGAUGACACUGACUACAACUCCUCUGGGGACGAGCUGGACGACGAUGACUUUGACAGUGAGUUUCCCCCAAUAGCAAAUGAAGAUCAGCGCAACAAAUACAAGCAGGAAUUUGACCGUGACCACCUAGAGUACAAAGACCUGCAGGCGGAGCUGGAUGGCAUCAACAAGGACCUGUCAAAUCUGGACUCAGAGCUGCAUGAGCUGCAGGAGGGAAGCCCACAGUACCUGGAUGCUCUGGAUGAGUACAACAAGAUAAGGAAUGUUAAAAAAUCUGCAGAUUAUCAGGCGAAGAGGCACAAGUGUAAAUAUCUGAAGCACAAACUCAACCACAUCAAGAAGAUGGUCAGUGAUUAUGACCGCAAGGCCUGAAUGAGUCUGUGGAGUAAUAAUCCUGUCCAGCUCUGCACAGAAAGGACUUCUGUAAAUCAGGGUUGGCACUUUUGGCAGUGCAGUCUUCUCCAAAGGAUAAAGCUUACAAUGAACACACGAAAGUUGUGACAGAAUUGUUGUAUUUUAGCACCACAGAAACAUUUUUCUUGUAUUAUGCUGUUUGUAUUGUUUAGUAUCACGCAUAUUUAAAGUCUAGUGGUAGAGUUUUGCAACUCUAACAGAAAUUUUAAGCUUUAGUUGAUUUUCCCUCACCAAAUCCAUUUUAGCUGAUUUAUUUUUAAUUUGAUAUUUUACUGUACAAUGACUAUGUAAAUAUGUGGAAACGGGUUGUGGUUUGUAAGGGUUUUCAAGUUGUCAUACACUGUGCUAGCUUUUUGCAAUGAUCUGUGAUGCAUGUUUAUUUUAAUAAAACAUUUUAUUGAACACUUUUCAAACUAAGCAACACACAUUUUAAACACUUGCAGUUAGCAACAGAAUUUUACAAACAUAUUUGUAGUUUUGUAAACGCUCGUAAGGAUUUUUAAGACUUUUACAGCAGCAUCCACACAUUUUAUAGCACUAGUAUUAAAAUGUAGUUUAAAUUCUUAACUUGUUCCCUCCUGGUAGUAAUAACCUAUCUGUUAUAGCCACAAAGGGGCAUAACUACUUCCCAUUUUCACAGUGUCAUUAAUGGUUCUGUAACUGACGUCUUUUGUAACUUGAUGGCAGUUAUUAAAUACAGUCUUGAAAUCA